AAACACAUAGAGUUAGAAGACAUAUUAUACGUUAGUUGUAAUAAAUUUAAGUAUUUAAAAUUUUAAUGGAUAUAGACGAAUUUUAGUUUAGUAUAGAUAAUUGAAAAUUAAACGUGAAAAGAUAGAUUUCCUAUUAUAAUAACUCGUGUGGUUGCAUUCACCUAGAGAGAGAGAAAGGAAAAUAAUUCUUUCUAGUUUCUGGUAGAGAGAGAAAGUGAACUUUAGCUCUUUCUGUGUACUCCUUUAUCGUUUCUGAACUUCAAUACCUUUUCCUUUCACUUCUCAGAACACCACCGUCUGAGUUGUCUUUCACUCAAAAACCUUCUUUUUUUAUUUUUCAUAUAUAUGUCUCUGACUCUACAGUCUCUUGAUUUUACUAGCUGAAAGAAACAUCGUUAAAAGCUAAUUGUUGAGUGUGUCGAAGUUAGGAAGUCAUGGCAGGAGGAGCUCCGGCGCCUAAAGCAGAUGAACCACAGCCACAUCCACCGAAGGAUCAGUUACCAAAUGUUUCUUACUGCAUAACAAGUCCUCCUCCUUGGCCUGAGGCCAUUCUUCUUGGUUUUCAACAUUAUCUUGUGAUGCUGGGUACAACCGUGUUAAUUCCUACUUCUCUUGUUCCUCAGAUGGGAGGUGGUAAUGAGGAGAAAGCAAAAGUUAUCCAAACAGUACUCUUUGUGGCCGGAAUCAACACAUUGGUGCAAACUUUGUUUGGAAGCCGAUUGCCUGCAGUAAUCGGAGGGUCUUAUACCUUCGUUCCGACAACAAUCUCAAUCAUUCUUGCUGGUCGAUUCAAUGAUGAGCCAGAUCCUAUAGAGAAAUUCAAGAAGAUAAUGCGGGCAAUCCAAGGUGCUCUUAUUGUCGCUUCAACCCUUCAAAUAGUACUAGGGUUUAGUGGUCUUUGGCGUAAUGUUGCAAGGUUCCUAAGUCCACUUUCAGCAGUUCCUUUGGUAUCUCUUGUUGGUUUUGGGCUGUAUGAGUUGGGCUUUCCUGGGGUUGCUCAAUGUGUAGAGAUUGGAUUGCCAGAGCUUGUAUUGCUAAUAUUUGUUUCUCAGUUUGUACCUCAUGUGCUCCAUUCAGGAAAACACGUCUUCGACCGGUUUUCUGUUUUAUUCACAGUUGCAAUUGUGUGGUUAUAUGCUUAUAUCCUCACUGUUGGAGGGGCUUAUAACCAUGUGAAACAUAAAACACAGAUAACCUGCCGCACUGAUCGUGCUGGCCUGAUAGAUGCUGCUCCAUGGAUACGAGUUCCAUAUCCAUUUCAAUGGGGUGCACCUACAUUUGAUGCAGGUGAAGCCUUUGCCAUGAUGAUGGCAUCCUUUGUUACCCUAGUAGAGUCCAGUGGAGCUUUUAUUGCUGUUUAUCGGUUCGCAAGUGCAACCCCAACACCGCCGUCUAUUCUAAGUCGGGGUAUUGGUUGGCAGGGUGUUGGCAUUCUGUUAUCAGGAUUGUUUGGAACUGGCAUUGGAUCUUCUGUUUCUAUAGAAAAUGCUGGUCUUUUGGCUUUGACACGUGUCGGCAGUCGAAGAGUGGUGCAAAUAUCCGCAGGAUUUAUGAUUUUCUUUUCAAUUCUAGGGAAAUUCGGAGCAGUAUUCGCUUCCAUUCCUCCUCCCAUUGUUGCUGCACUAUACUGCUUGUUCUUUGCUUACGUUGGUUCGGGUGGUCUAAGUUUUCUUCAAUUCUGCAACCUCAAUAGUUUUAGGACAAAGUUUGUAUUAGGCUUUUCUAUCUUCCUGGGCUUAUCUAUCCCACAGUACUUCAACGAGUACACAUCAAUUAACGGUUUUGGUCCGGUUCACACGGGAGCAAGAUGGUUCAAUGAUAUAGUAAAUGUGCCAUUCCAAUCAAAAGCAUUUGUUGCUGGAGUUGUGGCAUAUUUCCUGGAUAACACACUACAUAAGAAGGAAUCCUCUAUCCGGAAAGAUAGAGGAAAACAUUGGUGGGACAAGUAUAGGUCCUUUAAGACCGACACAAGAAGUGAGGAGUUUUAUUCAUUGCCUUUCAAUCUAAACAAAUACUUCCCAUCUGUGUAAUGUAGGUUGUUUCAUCUCUCAAAAAUGUCCUGAUUUGAUCUUGAAAUAGGAUCUUAUUACAGGAUACAGUUAAAUAUAUCAAGUUAACUCUCACUUGCUAUAGAAUAGUACAAAACAUUUGGUUUAUAAUGUAAAAACAUUUGUUUUAUUGUUUUUCAUUCUGUAAAUGCUGACUUGGGAAAUGGAUUCACGGUAUUAGUGUAUGCUUUAUUUAUCAUUCAUUUGAUAUAUCACCACGUUCACCUUCGAAUCA